AUGACCUAUACUGUUGCUCCACAUCUCGAGUAUUUCACCAUUCCUCUCAGGGAAUUUGUGACCGCCCGACCUGAAUUUGAAGGCUUUGGUGUUGGCGCCUACAUUUUCUCUCAUGCCGAUCCCACCCCGCGCAUCCUUCUUCUCCAGCGUGCACUGACAGACUCGAUGCCCGGGUGUUGGGAGGGCCCCGGAGGCGCAUGCGAACUGGAAACUGAUGGAACACUACUCGAUUCCCUGGUGCGUGAAACGCUUGAAGAAAGUGGAUUGCAUGUGUCUCAUAUUAGUGACCUCGUCGCGGUGAAUUGCUGGGAGCAUCAUCGCCGUUGUGGUGGAAAAAUUCGGAUCGCCAAGUACUCGUUCAUUGUCGAGACUCAAGAGACCUCGCGACGGUCGGCAGAAAAACAGCAACUGGUGCCAACCGUACAAAUACCUGUUCGAUUGGAGCGAUUGGAGCACCAGCAAUUUGACUGGGCGAUCAAAGAGGACGUCCUGCUGUCUAUCCAAUCCCCAAACCAUCGAUACAGAUUCCCAUUACCCUUGAUUGGCCAUCAGGCGCCUAAUAUUCUCCGGGCUUUUGAAUUGGUUGAACAACGACAGAGCAAUGAACGGUUCGUGGAUCUCGCACAGUGA